UGCGCCAACAAAAGACUUGGGCUCACUUUAAAGUGUUUUCUGUGAUUCGAUUCUGACAUUCUUCCUCACUCCUCCUGAAUAUAACACACCAAAUAUAAUCCGACAUUUACGCACAGUUACGCACGAAGCCCAUGUGUGAGACCCUCCAGGAUGCACUGAUGCUUAAGAUUAGGUUAUUUCACUCAUGAUUUUGGGCGAGUAAAUUAACUGUAAAUCUCCAAAAACGCAAGAGCAGUUAUUCUUUUUUACUGCAUGUAAAUACAUCGGAUGAUCACACAGUCUGCUGGGAAACCUCUUGCUGCUGAGUUGGAAAAUAGAGGCACAUUCUUCAAAGAGUGACAUUAUUUUUCCUUUUUUUAUUCAAUAUAAAUACAAAUAAAACGUGUAUACAGGCUAUACAUUAGUAUAACAAUGUUAUUGAUCAGACUACUGGCUGUCUUCCUCGUCCUCAUUACGAACACGUGGCUGCUCAGCCCGGUUCGCUCCAACGCGCUCAGUCGCUACAAACGCGCCAUGGCACAGCGGGCGGACCAUGAGAUCUCCAGGCUAGGAGGUGAACCCUGCACCGUCGCCGGGGUCUGGAGGUCCCGGCGGCAGCCCCGCUCCCUCUCCCCGUCACAACAUCGCCCUCCAGCGGCCCAUCCGAGGACGCACACGACGAGCCUGCGAGAGCUGUACACUGUGAAGAUCGCUGCUGCGGUCUGUGCAGGAGGGUGCGGGGGUGACGACGCCGGGCACCGCCGGGUCCAGGAGAAGGCAGGCUGGAGCGACGCGGAGGACGGAAUUGUGACGUUGCAUCAGAAACGCUCCACAAGUGACAGCGGAGGCGCAAGUCAUGUCAGCGAGGACGCGGGCAGAUCCGCGCGUAAAGACGCCGGGCAGAGCGCGUCCUCCUCGGCCAGCGCGCCAUCACCACUCGGCUCCAGACUUGCGCGCAGCGUCGACACCAAGUUUCCAAAAGAGGAAGAGGGCAACUCCAGCUGGCAGAAAGUUUUCCACGACAGCGUAACAGAUUCCAGAGGACUCCAGGUUCUCCACAAACUGCAGCGGGGAGAUGCAGCGACCGUGGAGGACGACUAUUCCGGGGAGAUGGAAGAGGCAGACCCGCCGGCGAGCCUGCCCGUCGGCGGCUCCUCAACGUGGGGGAGCCCAGUGCCCCGGGUGCCCCCUUCAUGGAUGACCGCCCUCUACUUCAGCGGUCGUAGGGAGUUGUUGAAGCUGAAGCCGGCGGUUACAGUGGAGCUGCCGAGGGCCAAAUUCAGCCUGGAGCUGUGGGUGAAUCCUGAAGGAGGGCAGAGCAACCCUGCAGUCAUAGCAGGUGUAUUUGACAACUGCUCCCAUUCACUGAGUGAGAAGGGCUGGUCAGUAGGUAUACGCACUGUGGAAACUGCCGGCACCAAAGACGCAAGGUUCUACUUCACGCUCCGGACAGACCGGGCUGUAAAGUCUACCACCGUCUACAGCCACCAGCGAUACCGAGCCAGUGUCUGGACUCACUUAAUGGCCACUUACAACGGCCACAACAUGACUCUGUAUGUUGAUGGCGCUAAGGUUGGGGAAAGCAACCUGCAGUCUGGGAAUCUGUACAGCCCCUUCAUGAGGACCUGCAGAACCCUCUUCCUCGGUAGCAACCAAUCAGAUCUAGGAUACAGCUUCAGGGGCCACAUAGGGGGCGUGGUUUUGUGGGGAUACGCCCGCUCUCAUGAGGACCUGCUAAAGCGUCCGCUUCAAACUGACAAGAGCGAGCCGGUCUUGGCAAUGUGGGCUGACUUUUCUAAUGUGGAACAGCUCUGGAGUCCAUAUAAAACUGGCCUUCAUCCAACCAUUAUCACCAUUCCAGUCCCUGAACGGGAACUAGUCUCCUCAUUCCUGCCACCACUCUGUGGCCUGACACUCUGCGACAACACUGACAUCAUCUUUGGCUACAACAACAACUGGCAGCUUCGUAACUCCAAACAGGUUCGCUACCGGAUCGUCAACCUCAGCGAAGACGAUGGUGGAAACCCCACGGUAUUGCCAGCCCAGAUCCAAGUCCAGCACCGGGCUCUUACUGAGGCCUUUCGCCCCUACAACAUCACCCUGGAUCUGAGUGUACACACUGUCAGAAACUCCAGCCUCAGGCAGAAGUUCAUACUGAGCAACUGUCGAAUUGGAAAGAUCGGUAAUCGCCAGUGUGACCCUGAGUGCGACCACCCAAGAACGGGCCACGACGGAGGGGACUGUCUUCGACUGGGACCCUGCUACAACUGGAAGAGGCAGGAUGGGGUUUGUAACAUGGAGUGCAACAGUAUACACUACGACUACGAUGAUGGAGACUGCUGCGACCCAGAGGUCACUGACGUCCUCAAGACCUGCUUUGAUCCUGAGUCUCCUGACAGGGCCUAUAUGAGUGUGAAAGAGCUAAAGGAGGAGCUAAACCUCAGCGGCUCAGACACACUCAAUGUUUUCUUUGCUAGCAACUCAGUGCGCGAAGAGCUGGCAGGGGCCGCAACGUGGCCGUGGGCAAAGGAGGCACUGACCCACCAAGGUGGGAUGGUGCUCAACCCGUCCUACUUUGGUACCGUAGGACACACCAACACCAUGAUCCAUGAGAUGGGACACAUCUUUGGCCUGUACCAUGUCUUCAAAGGGGUGAGCGAGCGGGACUCCUGUGAUGACCCAUGUCAGGAAACCACCCCGUCCAUGGAGACGGGUGACCUGUGUGCCGACACUGCCCCGACACCCAAAUCCAAAGUCUGCCACGAUCCUGGCGCUGUCAACGACACCUGCGGUGUCACCACCUAUCAGGACACACCGUACAGCAAUUACAUGAGCUACACAGAUGACAACUGCACAAACCAUUUCACUCCCAACCAAGUGGCUAGGAUGCACUGUUAUCUGGACUUGGUUUACCAGAAGUGGCUGAUGGACCGUCAACCAACCCCCAUCCCUCUGGCCCCCAUAAUAACUGACCGGAGCCCAGAUUCUGUCUCUAUUUACUGGCUGCCUCCUACAAGGGGACCUCUUUAUCAAAGCUCCUCCAUGCAAACAUCUGCCAUUAACUGUGGCAACUGUGAGAAAGAUGGCGUUUUCCACCAGUACGCUUACGAGGCAUCUUCUCCUCGCAUCUGCGACACGUCAGGCUACUGGACACCCGAGGAGGCAGUUGGCCCCCCAGAUGUAGAGCAGCCCUGUGACCCCAGUCUCCAGGCGUGGAGUCCCGAACUCAGCCUGUACGACACGAACGUGACGUCACCUUGCCCCGACACUGAGGGCUGCACGCUCACGCUGAGAUUCCUCCACCCCAUCGUCCCACACGCACUCACCCUCUGGGUCACCUACAUCUCUGCAAACAACCCGGCCAUCGCCAACAUAGAGCUGAUAACAGACACGGGGAAAAGCAUCAACCUCGGAGCCCAGCACGUCUUCUGUGACAUGCCCCUCACGCUGCGCCUGAACACCCACAACGCCGUCAUUGCCGCCAUAAAACUCUGCACCUUUGAUGAGAAGUUGGAGAUUGACGCGGCCAUGUUGUCGUCGGGCCCCGGCGGCCCCCUGUGCUCCGGCUGCCAGCCGCUGCUCUACAGGAUUGAGCGGGAGCCGCCUUUCACCGGCAGGCCACCGUCACCUCAGACUCAUCAGACGUUUACUGACAGCUCUGUAAGGCGGGGAGUCAAGUACCAGUACACGAUCCAGGUGGAAGCAGACGGUCUCGUCAGCGCCCACUCUCCACCUCUCCUCUACACACAUGGACAGUCCUACUGUGGGGACGGUCUGAUACAAGGGACAGAAGAAUGUGAUGACAGUAAUCUGCUGGAUGGGGACGGCUGCUCCAAGAAGUGUCUCAAGGAGACGGGCUUCAAAUGCAAUGGCGAACCCAGUCAGUGCUAUGUGUUUGACGGCGACGGCGUGUGUGAGGAGUUCGAGCGAGGCACCAGCGUGCAGGACUGCGGUUACUUCACACCGCUGGGCUACACGGAUCAAUGGGCAUCCACCGCUACUGCCUCUCACCAGGAUCCCAAACACUGUCCUGCCCACGCUGCCACCGGGGAGCCAUCACUCAAAAAGCUCUGCAGAUAUCAGCACCUCGACGAGAGUGACAAGUCGCCCACCGACGCCUGGUUUCCCUGCACAGCCCAAACAGACACAAAUAAUGACCUGGAACAUUCAUUUUGGCUAAAGGUGGGAUUUGUCCACCCUGGAGUGGCAGCCUCUGUCAUGGUGUACCUGGCAUCAGACGGCUCAGUGUCCGGGGAUCAGUGCCGGAGCACAGCCACCAUCUUCCUCUCUGAUACUACCGGCAAAAACCACUCACUAGGGACGUAUGACCUCUCGUGCCACCGGAACCCGUUAGUGGUGAAUGUGACCCAUGACCUCUCACGGCCCUUCUUCCUCACAGCCUCUGUGAUCCUCCUGUUCUCCUCGCCCUCUGUGGCUGUGGGCGGCGUGGCCCUGAGGACCUCAUGUCACUUCAGCACCUUCGCCCUGACCGGCUGUUUGCGGCAGCCGUGUCAGAUGGACAGCUGCAGCCCGCCUCAGUUAGAGCACGCCUCAGUCAGGUGCACAGGAGGAGGAGAAUCCUCCCACUGCUCUGUUCAGUGCCACCGCGGUUUCAGUGUCAACGUCCUCAACGGCAAACGAGCCCCAGCCCAUCAGAGAAAGACGGAGCUGGAGUGUUUUCAAGGUUCAUGGGAUCGUAUCGUGAGCUGUCAGCCCGUGGACUGUGGCCUGCCCGAUCAGUCGCACGUCUACCACGCCAUAUUCAGCUGCCCCUGGGGAACCACCUUUGGCAAACAGUGUUCCUUCACCUGUGGAUCCCCGGCCAUUCUACAAGGUGACAGCGACAGGUUGGUGUGUUUGGAGGACGGACUGUGGUCGUUCCCCGAGGCUUACUGCAAGAUCGAGUGUCCGGAGAUUCCAAACAUCACCAACGCCAGGUUGCUCACGGCCGACUGCGUGGCCUCGGGUCACGACGUCGGCUCCGUGUGUCGCUACAAAUGUGACCCGGGUUUCUACGUGAGAGGGAGCCUCACGAAGAAAACGCCCAGGAAGUAUUUCAAGUUGGAGUGCCUGGAGGGGGGUCAGUGGGAGGAAAGUGGCUGCGAGCCCAUAUCCUGCCCCGCUUUACCCGACGUAUUCCAGGGCAUGUACACCUGCACCAACGGCCCGUACUACGACACCGUCUGCACUCUGCACUGCUCGGAUCCAACGGAAAAUAUCGAGAUUCACUGCACGAAGGACGGCGCCUGGACAGCGGAGUUCUCCAUGUGCUCCAGGCUCCAGGGAUCCUGCUCCUCUCCUCCUGAUCUCAACUCAGUGGAGUACAGCUGUGACCAGGGGAUGGAUGUCGGUGCUGUGUGCUACCCAACAUGCAUCGUGGCCCUGGACAUGGACCUGCGUGACCCGGUGGCUCUGCCCAAUGGCACAACAUCGGACUCUGUGAAGCACUGGAUGCUGCCCACCCAAGUCCAGAGCAUAGUCUGUACAGGGAUGAUGAAGUGGUACCCCGACCCUCAACACAUCCACUGCAUCCCAUCAUGUGAGCCUUUUGGAGGGGAUGGCUGGUGUGACACCAACAACAACCGGGCCUACUGCCAGUACGACGGAGGGGACUGCUGCCCGUCAACGCUCUCCAGCCGAAAGGUCAUCCAGUUUGGGGCGGACUGCAAUCAGGACGAGUGCACUUGCCGUGAUCCGGACGCCGAGGAGAACAAGAGCAAAGCCAAGCCCCUGGAUGGAGGAGGAAAGGGAGGAGGAGGAGGAGGAGGGGGAAUGCAGUAAGAUGGUGUCGAAUGAAAGAAGCUGAACUUGUGUAAAACACAGUCGAAAAAAACCACAGACUACACACCACAACAAGAAAAAGACAGAGUAACUAUUCAAGCUUCAUGUUUUUUUAAUGUGAAUAAAAAAAACUGCUAUUAAAGUCAGACUUCAUGCAAAGGCCGUUUCAUUUAAACAUAAGUGAUAAAAAAAAAAAAGCAUCACUUAUGAGUCACGUUGGUUUAAAUUUAUUUCUGCCUUCACUGCACUAACUCUCACUGCUGGAUUUGUGUGAGAGCAAAAAAAAGAAAGAAAAAAAGUGAUAUUUUUGUUCAAACGGGGUUUUAAAGGCCGUUUAUCCACUCUGCUACAAAUCAAAUCAAGGUAAUUGGAUCAAGCAAGUGUUGUAAAUGGAUUCAAGUACUUUUCUGGACUUGAUUAGUCUCGAGAGGAGGAGGAGACUGAAAGAGGACUGGAUGUACCUGAGAAGUGUUCGGCACACGCACGAGAGCUACUGCUACUCGAUGUGUUUACUCGCGCGUCCAGUCGGGGAUCACGUUUCAUAGGAAUAGUCUCAAUACCACGUUUAAUCCAAAACACAGAGUCAAAAACAGGCAAAUGUACCUCAAAACAAACUCCGGCGUCACGGCAAGACCACAGGAAAACGACUGACUAAUGUUCAUCGCCGCGCGUCACAUCCUCCGUGUAGCUGUGAGAGGACACAUCACAUCUGUAAAGACUAACAUGUAUAGACUAAUAUAUUUGGAUUACCCGACACACACACACACACACACACACACUGUAUCUACUAGCUUCACAUAGUUCCACAAGUCAUGACUCUACUAUUUAUAUAUCACAAACACUUACUUGUACCACGCAGCAUGUGCACAGAGCUUGCCCCAAAAAAAAAAAAAAAACCUGUCAUGUGUCAUGUUUUUUGUUUGUUUUUUUUUUUGUCUGUUUUGUUUGUUGUAAACACACAAAUAUACGUCUGUCGGAUGAGUCGCGUCGUCCCCAUCUGUGCUAUAGCUGUAGAUGAGUCGGAGGUUGGUUCAAAAAAGCAAACGUGUGUUUGAUAAACUGUAACGGCUGUGACUUUUGUGUCGAGUGGAAGUUCACGUCAGUGUUUUCCGGUCUUCAUUCAUCGAGUAACGAUGAAGUGCCCCAUCCAAAUAUUCUAUCUAUAAAAGUGUACUCAUGUUAUUUGUGAUAUUUUACUGUACUUUAUACACUAUAUGAAAUAAAUAGCUACUUUAUACCGACCCAUA